AUGUCAAUAUUUUUAAAAAUAUGUAAUUCGCACUUAUCUGUAAUCUAUGAAGAUUGUAACUCGGAUCUUCAGUAUGAUUCCAAAGUAUUUAUUUGGAAUGAGUUGAAUUUUUCACUACAAACACAUUUAUCAUCUAGUGUCUGUGUCAUUAAUUCUGUGUUUAGAGGGUUGCUUCUCAACUCAUAUUUACAGCCAAAUGAUUUCAUAGCAAAACAACCAUAUAUUGAGACAAGUGAAUUGAAUGCAAAUGAUGUACAAGUGACACUGAUUAUGCAAGGUUUACAAGCACCUUCACGAGGAUUUUGUGGACUUAUUAAACCAGGUUGUUCAGGUAAUUUUCGUGGAGAUUCAUGUAGUUCAACAUCAUCAAGUAUUCGUGAGCAGUUAGCCAAUGGUCUGUUGAAAGUGGAACUUGGUGAAUAUACAUUAUCUGUGCUAUGCGAAUUGACCAAUCCGAAUGAUACAUUUGAAUAUCACGUACGUCGGUUUCCAUCGAAAAUUAUGCCAACAUUUUGUACGUAUAAAAUAAAAAACAAUCAGGUUAGACUACGAUUACGAAAAGCCUGCGGUUCUGAUCAGUGGGCAGGUGUAUUGGCUGUUAGGGGUUUAGAUCAAAGUUGAAAGGGUGGUUAACAAGAAUUAUCUAUGCUUAUCGUUGUUCCAUAUGUAUUGAUGAGAGAAGUAGUGUGUACAUUCAGAGAUAGUGUUCCUAUUGUAAUUCAGGAUAUUUCCCUCUAUAGUAAUUAUUCAAUGAAGGCACAAAGACAGAUAACAGUGGGAGCAGUGAGUAGUAGAGUGGUUGAA